AUGCGAUCCUCUGUGCCCCUAUGCGAUCCUCUGUGCCCCUAUGCGAUCCUCUGUGCCCCUAUGCGACCCUCUGUGCCCCUAUGCGACCCUCUGUGCCCCUAUGCGUCCCUCUGUGCCACUCUGCGUCCUUCUGUGCCCCUCUGCGUCCCUCUGUGCCCCUCUGCGUCCCUCUGUGCCCCUCUGCGUCCCUCUGUGCCCCUCUGUGUUCCUCUGUGCCCCUCUGCGUCCCUCUGUGCCCCUCUGCGUCUCUCUGUGCCACUCUGCGUCCUUCUGUGCCCCUCUGCGUCCCUCUGUGCCCCUCUGCGUCCCUCUGUGCCCCUCUGCGUCCCUCUGUGCCCCUCUGUGUUCCUCUGUGCCCCUCUGCGUCCCUCUGUGCCCCUCUGCGUCUCUCUGUGCCCCUCUGCGUCCCUCUGUGCCCCUCUGCGUCCCUCUGUGCCCCUCUGCGUCCCUCUGUGCCCCUCUGCGUCCCUCUGUGCCCCUCUGCGUCCCUCUGUGCCCCUCUGCGUCCCUCUGUGCCCCGCUGCAUCCCUCUGUGCCCCUCUGCGUCCCUCUGUGCUCCUCUUCCUCCCUUCGUGGCCCUCUCUCUUCCCCUGUGCCGCCCUGCAUCCCUCGGUGACGCUCUGUGCCUGUGUCUCUCUGCGUCUCUCGUGUGACCCCACUCAGCUGUGUGGAGGAAGGGUUGUCUGCCCCUUCGCUACAUUCCAGAAAGCGGUUCUUGAGGCGUAUCUACAGCACACGUACGAGUCUUUUUUCUCCCACCUAGCCGUCGCUCUUGCUCCCAUCCCGCCGUAUCAACUCCCUCACUACCCGCCGUCACCUCUCCAACCCACCUCACUAUCACUCCGCCCCACCCCGCCAUCUCCUCUCCCUCAACUCCCCGCCGUCGCCUCUCACUCCUCCCUACCGUCGCCUUUCCCUCCUCUCCGCCGUCACCUCUCCCUCCUCCCCGCCAUCUCCUCUCCCUUACCUCCCCGCCGUCGCCUCUCACUCCUCCCCGCCAUCGCCUCUCACUCCUCCCCGCUGAGUCGCCUUUCCCUCCUCCCUGCCGACGCCUCUCCCUCCUCCCUGCCUUCGCCUCUCCCUCCUCCCCGCCGUCGCCGCUCCUUCCUCCCCGCCGUCGCGUCUCCCUCCUCCUUGCCAUCGCCUCUCCCUCCUCCCCGCGGUCGCUUCUCUCCACUCCUCGCAGUGGCCUCUCCUUCCCUCUCCGCCGUCGCCUCCGGCGACAGUCCUUCCGUCCUCCCUCCCCCCCUUUGA